GUUAACGGUUUAACCAAGUCGUCGCGGCCGGAUCCCGUUUUCGCGCGUGCAAGUCGGCGGUGCCUCCGUCUCUCUCUCCACCUUCCGCCGGUGCCCGGUCCUCGCGCUCCCUGCCGCGUUGUAUCCACCAGAGAAUAUUCUGCCACAGAAAGUUGAGUUGAAGCUGCAACGAUAAAUUCGACCAGCGAGUUAAAUCGUCUGCUUGACCACCAAGCCCUCUAUUCUGCCUUUGAGGGUUUAAGUGGCAGGCAUUGGUGACAUCAGCGGCGGGUGACACGAGGGGUGGACGAACUAAGAGAGGAAGAAGGUUUGGAGAUGGAUAUUUCUUUUGAAGAUGGGAAAAGGUUAUGGUCUCUCAUGUGGAACAAAGAAGAGCUGAUCACAAGGAAAAGGAGAUUUUUGAUGGGAUCAGCUUCUACAUCUGAAGGGAGCCCAAAGAAGCAUAAAAGACCCAAACUUUUGACAGAAUUGUACUUACUAGAGUCAUAUGUUAGGAAUGAUGACCUGCUAUCAGAACAGUUGACAAAUAUUAUUGGAAACCCAAUAAAUUAUCAUGAUGACAAGUCUCUGCAUUACACACCCACCUCUAGUCUUUGUCUUUCAUCAGUUUCCAAUAUGUUGGAAGAGCUGGAUGAAAUGUCCUAUCAGGAGCUUACUGCAACAAACAGAAAACUUCGAGGUGUAUCACUGCUCCCUCAAUUUCCACCUGCUCGGUGUACUGGAAAUAGAGGUUUGCUAAUUAAACGGGUGAAGAAAAGAUUCAAUAAAUUGCUGUUAAAACUCAAGGAUGGGGAUGCGUUGCCAGAGCCAUUAGUUAAAGCAUUGUCCAUUAUUUAUUUGUCUUACACGCAUAGAUCCAGACAUGUUGAUAUGCUAACAUCAGAGUUUUACCCCUUUCCACCAGAGACAGUGGACUUGCAAAAUGAUAUCAUGAAUGCCCUUUGGUUGCUUCCGAAGGUUAAACAUGAUGAGCUGAAAGCAUUGCAUGCAUUAAUGGAUCCAAAAGCUGAAGUUCCUCUAAAGUGUUUCAGGAAUGUGCUCAGGAAAUACUUGAUGGAAUAUUUGUUUGAAUGUAGCGAAACAAGUAUCACACAGGAAGCCUUGAGAACCAUUGAUUUUAUAAACAGGAAGAUGCACAGUCAGACUCUUGUGUUCUCUAAAGAGACAAUACAAGAGGAGGUUGAAGCUGCAUUGAUCAUGAGUCGUUGGCUUAAACAAAUGAUAUCAAGCGUUUUUUCAGAACGAAGUGACAAACAAUGUUUUGUGGGGUUUGGUAAUGACAAAAACAUUAAUUCUUUUAAUAUGGUUGGAACCAACUAUUUCAUGGGUCUUGGUGACAAUGAACAUGACCAUAUGUACAGUUAUUGCUCUAAUUAUGAAGCAGAAGCUACUGGGGAAUCAGGACCAGGCGUUUCUAGAUCAUUCACCACUGGUAGCAACUCUUUUUUAGUCACUGGGACUGGCAAUCAAACUAGUGGUAAUAGCUCAACGAAGCCUGAAGUUGAGCAUGACAAUGAAAUUGACAUAGAGAAACCUUGUAUUGAGGAGUUAGAAAAGUUUACUCCUGAAAGGACUUCCCAAAACACAGGAAAUAUGGGAGUAAAGUCAGUCGAAGAAAUCUGUGAUGAGACAACAUUGGUUGCUUAUAAACUUAUUGUCUCUAUGCUAGAUAAAUUAUUAAAAACAGAAGGUAUGCAUGCAGAUAUGUCAACACGAAUUUACUUGAAUGGUGGCUCAUCAGCUUCUGCGGAUUUGCAAGGUGCCAAAGAUAUGUUGAAAACUUCGAAAGAGCAGAUGAGGUCUAUUAUUUUUGUACGAACUGUUGAGGAGCUAAUACCUUCUUUGACAAAGAGUUGUAUCAGAAGAGUGAAGAAUUUGAUGGAGAGCUGAUAUAGAUUUCUUUCCCAAGAUGAUUCAAGUUUGUAAAAGGAGCAUAGUUGCUGGCAGACACCAGAGAUCAUCUGGAGUCAAUGACAUCGUGCACUUCUCGAGUCCAAAAUUGGAAUCAAAUAAAAAAUUCCCAACUGGAGAAAUUAUAAUUUUUGUAAACCAGUUAAUGCACUGGUGACUUGAAUCUCACUCUCUCACUGUCUAUUCAUUUCUCUAUCUAUCUGUAAAGUUCAGUAGGUUUAUGUACUGUUUUUGCUUUUGUUUGUUUGAAUUUUUCUUUAGACAUA